AUGUCAUGGAUGAAAGGUAAAUCAUCUGGUUGGACUGCGUUUGAUCUCAAGGAGAAACAGAAACAAGGUCUCCAAAUCCAGAUUGAGGAUGAUGAUGAUCCCUUCCCUCCUGUUUCAACUAGUGUUAAUCCGCCCUUAGAUGUGAGAGGAAAGCUGGUCAGAAGAAAUCAUGAAUCUUCUGAAAAGUCUUUCUCUUCUGUGCUCUUAUCUCCUUUGAAAUUUCCAGCAUUGACAGAGAAUAACAAAGAUUGCAGAAGCAAACCGAACACUUUGACUCCAACGGUAAAUAGUCAUGAUUCAGCCUUUAGGAAGCUGAAGGAGAUGAACAGCUGGGCAGAUGAUAACUUAAUAAGGGAUGUAUUGUUAUCCACAGAUGAUAAUUUUGAGAUGGCUUUAGAUUUUUUGAAAGGAAUGGCUCCUACUGGUAGUUCAGUAGACAAGAGUGACAUUAAGGAAGUAGAGGGUCCAACUUCCAAGAUCGAUGGUUAUUUAGUAUCUGGGAGAACUGUUACAAGUUCGGUGAAUAUGGCUCCAAGGUCUACGUAUGAGAAUGUUGGCAAGUAUGAUCUGCAAGAGAAUGGUGGAAGUUCGUUUCUUGUGAAUGCAAAUGACCGUGAAAAGCUACAAGAUGAUGUUUCUGAACUAGAUAGUAUCAUUCAGCAGAUUCAGUCCAUUCCCAUAGAACCUGAUUGGGAACAAGAUGAUCUCUACUUGACUCAUAGAAAGGAUGCACUGAAAAUGAUGAGAUCAGCCUCAAACCAUUCAAGAGCUGCUCAAAAUGCUUUUAUGAGAGGUGAUCAUGCUUCUGCUAAGCAGCAUUCGGUGAAAGCAAGAGAGGAUUGGUCAACAGCUGAGAAGCUAAAUGCGGUGGCAGCCAAUAAGAUCUUAGGUAUAACAAACAGGAAUAACGACAUAUCGAAGUUGGACCUACAUGGUCUCCAUGCAGCAGAAGCUGUUCAAGUGUUACAAGAACGUUUGCAAAAGAUCGAAAGUCAGUUCACAGUGAACCGUUCAGUAUCACCAAAUAGAGGUAGGUCAAAGAACGCGGCUCUGCGAUCUCCAUCACAAGAGCCUUGUGGUAGAUUAGACGUGGACCGUCAAAGAACUUCUAGAGAACUACGAAACUCAUUGCAGGUUGUAACAGGUAUUGGUAAACAUAGUCGUGAACAUGCUUCACUUCCUCAAGCUGUGAAGACAUUCCUUGAAGAUAACAGGUACUGGUUUGAUGAGACCAGACCAGGUGUUAUCACAGUGCGGCCUAAAUUCCGACACAGCUGA